CGAGGUUGGUAAGACAUUUAGGGUGCAGCUGUGCCUUUGCGUUAUCUUGAUCAGAUCAUGUCAACUCCUAUUCAAGUCGAUGCCUCGUUGCUUCAAAAACUGAUUCGCGAAGGCCCAGCAGCCAUCAACCAAGAUAUUCCUGUUUACAAUGAGUCAAUAAUCGGUACCACAGGAAGCACUCCCCAAGGAUCACCGCCUGUUCCUACAGUGGAGUCAACACCGCCACAGAACACAAGACCAGCAACUUUUUCUUCCGGUCAACAGCCUACUAGACUGCCGUUUCAACCGCAGCGGAAGUACUAUAUACAAGGGCGCAUCAUCCACAAACGGAAACUAUCGCGGAAACUGUUCUUCCUGGAUGUUUCACUUGUACGCCGCAAGAGGAGUUUAAUCAGCGAAGAUGGAUCAUUUAAUAAGGAUUGCAAUACAUCAGCAUCCUCAAUUACAUCAGGAGGAACAAUAGCCGUUAGUGGUGGAACUUCCGGCAGCAUAGAAGACGGGUUCAAGCUUAGCGUAUGGGAGGGCAUUGAGUCACCACAUCAUGGCUCUGCAGAUGGCCAGGAACAUCAACAAACGCGACAACAGCAGCAUCAAGACCAACUUCAAGAGGACGGACAUUCUCACGACAAAUCAGUUCUGAGGAUAGAAGUCAUUGCGCGCUACCCUGUCCACUCACUAAAGGAGAUUGACGAUCUAUGGAGAAAAGUUCAGCUGGGCUCCGUAGUCGAGGUCAACGGUGACAUUGAACUCUCACAGCGGAACCGUGGCCAUGACGACAACAGCGACGGCGACGUUCAACAUUCGCAAUGGACUGCAAUCCUACAUUGUCUAGACUUUGAGAUUUUGGAGCUCUGGCAGGGCGAGGAGACAUUCGAGCCGAACCCAGGAUCGUCCGUCACUCAUGCCACGUCCAAAAAGGAGCAGGAUCAGAACAGCACCAUGAAACAAAGCAGAAAAAGGAAAAGUGCGGAGGUGGACGCUGAUGUAUCAGGACUUGUAGUAGGACAGGAGCUAAGAGUGACGGCCAAGAAACAGCAGAGAGGCGAUCCGUCACAGCCGCAUUGUAAGUUCUGGUUGAAUUCAGGCAAGUGCAACAAGGAUAUAUGUCUCUUUUGGCAUGAGACUGACCCUGUGAAACUCAAGGCCGAGAGACGAAGAUGGGUCGAAGAGCGCAUCCGAGCCAAGCGGCAGAUCUCCCACCAUGCUUCAGAUCCACAUCAAAAGACCACCAAGAACCAGCAUCGCGAACGAGCUCUCUAUUUCGCUCAAUGGCUCGUCAAGACUUUCAGUCGCGACGCUCUGAACUCUGGAUCGGGCGUACUUGACAUUGCCGGAGGACGAGGGGAUCUGUCCUGGGAACUACAGACCAGACAAGGGAUCCAGUCGACCAUCAUCGAGCCUCGUCCGGGAAAGGGCAUGCGCAAGUGGCAGCGCAAAUGGCUACACAAGUUUGUGAUCAAGAACAAACCCGCCCCAAUGUCGAUACCAACAGAAAAUACAGCAGACGAUGGAACCGAGGCAAAUACUACGGGGCUGAUGAUGGAGGACGAGUGUUUGCUCCAGAAGGGCAUUGAGGAUCCAGAGGAACAGGAACCGGAUGAAGGAGAGGAGCUGGAGGGACUUGGCGAUUUUAUUCCUACAAUAUUGACGCGCCCUCUUCAAGGAACAGAACCAGCACGGAUACAGGCUAUGCUAGAUGAUCAGUUCUUGAUAACCCAUCAAGAUUUAAUGAGCGGGGCUUCCAUCCUCAUUGGACUUCAUCCAGAUCAGGCAACCGAACCGAUCGUGAGGGCAGCGUUCAAGGUAGGGAAGCCAUUUGCUGUCAUCCCUUGCUGCGUCUUUGGGCGAGAUAAUCCGCACCGCCGAUUGCCUCGGCAUCCUGCAAAGUCCGAGACGGUAGACUCAAUGACAAAGGAAUGCAUACUUGAAGAGGACGAGGACCCCUUGACGCGACCGGUGACAUCGUACAGCGAUUUUGUUACUUGGUUGUCAACGCUCCAUCCUGAGAUUGAGACUACAUGGUUAAACUUUGAAGGCAUGAACCGCGUUCUUUUUUGGCGUGGACCUUCAGCAUCUUCAGGAAAAACAGUAAGCGAGCCAUAGAUACCAUCUAAAUAGACUAAGAAUUGCAUCAGCCAUUCUUCCUUUAUAAAAAACAAAAUAGUCG